GCGGAGUCCUUGGGCGGUCCCUGGGCCUUGUGAGGGCCCCCGAGAAGCCGAAAAUAGUAAAAACAAUAACAAAAAAGCACACACAACAGCAAAAAAAGCCUGCUACUUUGAUUUGUGCACGACGCGAGGGAGACUGUGCUCCCCUCUCGUCCGACCCGGUCCGCCGAGCGCGCUACGCAGGGGCGACCGACCGGCCGCGGAGGCCACCGCAGGGGCCUUCAGGUCCGAGCAGUGGCAGCCACGAGGGCGGGCACGCGACGCGGGGUGCGGGAGCGCGACUGAAUCGGCCUUCUUCGGCUCAUCUCAGGCUGGGGGCAAAGGGUGAACAGGGAGGGAGCGGAAGAGGAGGAGGAGGAGGCAAGAAAAAUAAAAGAAAAAGAGAAGGAGAAAGAGGGGAGUCGCACGGCCUCGCUCGAGGAGCGAGUUCGGGCGCCGCGCGGGCUGUCGGCGGCGCGCCGAAAGGGGGGGGGGCCCUCUCGGAGUGCGGCGGGGCGCGGCAGAGGCCCUCGAGCCCUCGGGGAUGCCCACGGAGGCCUCGGGGUGGCAGGCGAACGCCAGCCCGGGGGCGGCGCAGCCGCUGCGGUUCGGGCGCUACUGCGCCCUGGGCUUCGCGAACUGCACCUGCCGAGAUCAGGUUGUCGUAGCCGUGCCCGUUGAGCUUCUCGAUGGCCUUCUCCGCGUCAGACCUGCUGUGGUACGUCACGAAGGCGAAGCCGCGCGACUGGAACGUGGCCUGGUCCUUUGCGAUGAAAACGCGCGCCAGGCGCCCGAACUGUCCGAAGAGAUCCUGGAGGUCGCCCUCCUUGGAGGUCCUCGGACAGGUUAGUGAUACGCAGGGAAGCCUCCUGCUGCUGGCUGAAGUCGGCGCCCUUGCCUCCCGCCUUGCCCCCCUCCUUUGGAGAGGCUGGGAGGCACGUACCUCGUCCCGCCCGCGCCUGCCGCGGCGGCCGCCGCGUCCGCGGGCUUGUCGCCACCCUCG